ACGGCCAAAUGGGUGUCGGAAACAAAGCCGAACACAGACUACUACUAUUGUACUCUUCCUUCACUUGCAUCUACCUUCCUGGAAUUUUGACGUUAGUGAAAUUCAACGGUAAUUUAUACAAUGUCGGCAAAUAUAAAUUUCUACCCGUAUUAUUGAUACUGACGUUCGCCGAAGUGAUAAAAUUAUUGUUUCCUAUGCUUCAAACGGAAACGCCUACUAUAAUAAAAAUCGAGCAACGAACCUCACCGAAAACCAAGAAAACCUGGACCAAGAAUCUAAGAGAGAUUGUCAAGUUUUUGCUCAUUGCAUUUGCAUUGUCAACAGUUUAUUAUAUAAUGAUUGUGUUAUUCGGCGCGCCUGUAUUGACUGAGCAUGAGGAAACGACAAUGCUUGUAAUCACAUUGCUCAUUUUAACUUUUGUUCCUGCCAGUCUGCACUUGGGAGUCGACAGUGCAUUGGACGUUUUAAUGGGAUCUUAUUCUCAAAAGAGCAAUAUUCUUGCGGAUGCUUUAAGGAUUAAUAUACAAGGAACGAUAUUGGGCACAUGGCUAGGUGCUACUGUAAUCCCUUUGGAUUGGGACCGCCCUUGGCAAGCUUGGCCAAUUCCUUGCGUAAUAGGUGCACUACUUGGUUACUUGAUCGCCCAUUUUAUUACUUUCAUCAAGACGCUUCCUGCACUCAAACUGCACAAGAAAGUUCAUCGAUAACAAUGCACACUUGUGUGAUUUGAUGAAAAUCAUCAAAUUUUGCCAAGAACAUUUGUUUUUCAAAUCAAUUAUUGUUUCUUAAUUGUUGCUUUUUUGAAAUAUAUUUUUGAAGUAUACUGUAAUUAGAGACAGUGGAACAUUAAUGUCUAUCUCUGAUCCAUGUAUACUUAUUAUAUGAAUGUGUUUUGAAUUGUGAUAUGUUCGGUAUAUGUGUAUGAAUUGAGACAAAAUUCUAGCAUUAGACCUAAAUGUCAAGUGUUUUAUAAAUUAUAAUAAUAAUAUUUAUAAUUAAAUUCUAGUUUAGAACA